UGAUGAUUUAGGAGAAAUCUGUCUGUUAAUAUAUUGUGAUAUAACUGUAAAGGGGAUAAAUGACAAAGGAGUUUCGAGAGAUGGAAAAAAAAGGUAACUGUUAAGGGGAUAAAUGACAAAGGAGUUUCGAGAGAGAGAAGAAAAGGUAACUGUAAAAGGGAUAAAUGACAAAGGAGUUUCGAGAGAGAAAAAAAGGUAAAGCAAAAUGGUUUAAAAAGAACUCCAUUGACCAUUUUUGUUUGACACCCUUCUCGGCAAAUAAUAAUCACAUACAGCUAAAACUGUCAAUCCCAAAAUUCUCAGUCACCAGCAAAAAUGGAUAGUUUUCACCUGCAAUGGGUUGCUGUUUUGAUCUCCAUUAUCACCCUUUCCGAAGCUUGCCACCCUGGAGAUUGGAAAGGCCUAACCAGUUUCAAGUCUGGAAUUUCCCUUGACACUUCUGGUAGGCUGGAUAAAUGGGUGGGACAAAACUGUUGUGAAUGGGAAGGAGUUUAUUGUCACAACAUUACAGGUAGAGUCAAAGAAAUCAAUUUGCCUGGCUUCAUAUCCACUGGCGAUGUCCCCUUUCAAUCUGAGAUGAGAGGUUUUAUUUCACCUUCAAUAACACUGCUUGAUGCUGUUGAGAUUAUUGAUCUUGGAGGACUGCUUGGCCUCGGUGGAAAAAUCCCUUCGUCUAUUGGUUUGCGUCUUCACAACCUGCGGAAGCUCUAUCUUUAUGGCAACAAGCUGAGAGGUCCACUUCCAGAAAGUGUAGGUAAGCUUCUGAAGCUUGAAGAACUUGCCGUGCAUGAUAAUAGGCUAUCUGGUUCACUCCCAGCAGGUUUGGGUAGUCUCAAGACUCUCAAUAGGCUUCUUCUAUAUGGGAAUCGGUUUUCGGGUGCAAUACCGAAUUCGUUUGCAGAUCUUACUAACUUAGUUGAGAUGGAUUUACACAGCAACUCAUUGGUCGGUCAAAUACCUGAUAGAAUUGGUCAGUUGCAGAUGUUGAAAGAGCUUGAUCUUUCAAACAACUUCUUGAGCGGGAAAAUUCCCCUUUCCUUGAACAAUUUGCCAGGUCUUUCGGUUUUGUAUUUGGAUAAUAACAAACUUGAGGGACCAAUUCCAUUUGCAUCCGUUUCUGGUCAAAUCCCUUCUUCUCUUGCUUUUCUUAGAUUGAAUGACAACCGUUUAAGUGGUCCUAUUCCUCAAAGUUUUGGAGAACUUGUCAGUCUCCAAAGAGCUUCUCUUUCAAACAACAAACUUGAGGGAACAAUUCCUUCUUCUUUAGGGAGCUUAUCAUCUUUAUCAGAGUUGUAUCUCGACCGCAACAGAUUCUCCGGCAAAAUACCAAAAUCACUUGGACGCCUGUCUCAGCUCAUUCUCCUGAAUCUCUCUCACAACUUCAUUAAAGGGCCAUUACCUGAGAUGUCAUCUCUUAAAAAUAUUCAAACCAUUGAUCUUUCUUAUAACCUUCUGAACCUAUCCUCCAUUCCCCAAUGGCUUUUAAAACUGCCAUCUCUUUCAAAAAUCUAUCUUGCUGGGUGUGGUAUCCAUGGCCAAAUUCCGGAGUUCUUGAGAACAACUCCAAGUCCAAUACAAGAACUAGAUCUUUCCCACAACCAUCUAACUGAGAAAAUUCCAGAAUGGAUUGGACGCCUCACUCAGCUCUAUUCCCUAAAACUAUCAGAAAACUCACUGACCUCCCAGAUCCCCAACUCCAUUACAAAUUUACAGGACUUGGGUGUGCUCGAUCUUCAUUCAAACAAGUUAACAGGCAACAUACAGCAGAUCUUCAAUAUAAGCCACAGAUUUCCAGUCGGUUCUUUGACAUACAUUGAUCUUUCAGACAAUAGGUUCUCUGGGGACUUCUAUCAAACAGACAUCGGGCAACAAUCUGGGAUCCAGUUUCUGAAUUUGUCGAACAACAAUCUGAAAGGAAGAUUACCCACUUCAAUCGGAGCAUUAAAAUCAAUACAAACCCUGGACUUGAGCCAUAACAAUUUGGGUUUCGACUUGCCAGAGACCAUAGUGAAUGCAAAGCAAUUAGAGACGCUGAAGCUGCAAAGAAACCAUUUUACAGGAAGAAUACCAAAAGGGUUUCUGAAUUUGCGUAAGUUAAAGGAAUUGGAUCUGUCGAAUAACUUGUUAGUGGGAGAAAUUCCAGCAGGAAAGCCGCUGAGUGAUUUUCCACGAAGCGCUUAUAUGGGUAACAAAGGUUUGUGCGGAAAGCCUUUAAACCCAUGUAAGCUUUGAAGAAGAAGAAGAUUAAACGAAAUAUUUUAGCGUUAAACAGUGUUAAAUUAUUCAUCUUUCGAUCAAAUAGAUUUAACCAAACGUCAUAUUUGCAAGUAGAAAUGGAAGCAAAAAAAUAAUUAUCAUUAAAAUUUGCUUUUUA